AUGACCGUCCAUCUGCAUUGGUUGGAUGACCUUCCCGCUUGCGAGGGUUGGGUAGAGAAGUAUUCGAUUGGGCGCAGUCUCUUCUCCAACAAGAGCUGGCAGAGGCGCUACGUCAUUGUGGAUCGUGAGGGCAUAGGGUACAUGCACAGUAUUCCCAAGCAGCCCACGAAGCCUUCCGCCGCACGGUGCUUUGUGCCAUUUGAGGGGCCUCGUAAGAGCAACGGCGAGGUGCGCCUGCGGCCAGUCUACCUUUUGCGACACGUGAAGCCGUUCAUGCAUCCAGAGGUCCCUGAGGAGUGGCAUUGGAAGGAAAGCGCCUCAAACGGAAGUGGACAGUCCCGUGAGUACUACUACUUUGCAAUUUCAUUUCAGGAGCGAGACAGGCGACUUUUUAUGCUGCUUCGCACCACAACUCUAGAGGAUUACAAUGUGUGGACGUUGGUACUCUCAGCCUAUGUGCCAGCUGGGAGCCUAAACACGGUUGUCCCGGUACCUCACCCACUAGAGGCGAAUCACAGAGGCUUGGGGCGCUUAUUCAAUCCAAGGCGAGCCUUCUUCUUUGGAAGAGGUGAAUUUGCAGCGGAUGCCUCAUGUGCCGGUUUCUACGUGCGAGAUCCUGAUCCGUGCACGGAGGUUGAGCUUGACAGAAUCCACAAGCUUGUGCUUGCCUGGGAUGAAGGGGAAAAAUCUCGCUGGUUUAACCUUCGCACUGAGGGGUCUUCAUUAUCCAAUCAAGUGCUGCUGCUCCAGGCGGAGAAUGAAAAGGAGUGGUACAGACUGUUGAACGUAGUGAGUGAGGAGGAUUGCGAGUGA